GCUCUCGAUCUUUGAAUAUGAUAAACAAAUCUACCUAUUUUGACAACAAUUUCCUGAUCACGGCCCCUCCCCCUUUACAUAUUGACACAUUCAUUAACCACCUGACACAUAUCUCAUAUUCCAUACCCCUUACCUACCUAGUACCUAGUUAGUUGCGUGCAGGCGAAUAGUCACUUUCUUUUGCCAAUAAUGAUCAAUACUUCAUCACGGACGUCUCGGCAACCAAAAUUACGGUUCAGUUGUGACGGCUGUGGUUCAGCGAAGCUCAAGUGCGAUCGUGGCCAACCCGAAUGUGGACGAUGUAUCUCUCUUGGCAUCCCUUGUGUCUACGGACUGUCUCGCAAGAUGGGAAAGCCCAGGAAGAGGCCACAAAUCCCCAACAUCCCCAGCGUAUCUCGCACGCCAGGCGAACAAGCCAGCCCCAGGAGCAAAGAUGGGAUAUCCGAUGACAAGAUAUUCAGCCAUCGGACAAAUGGUUCUAUCAGUGAUUCAGUCUUGUCGAGGUCCGCGUCGGCUUCGAGCAUAACGGAUAUGCACGCAACAUGGGGAACGAUGGACGACUACACCAGCAACGCCGUUUCGAGUGUUGAUGUCAUGGACGCGUUCCAUCACGAUCGACUUGGUCCAUCGCCCACGAGUUUAUCACCUCUGAAUGCCGGCGAGUGGGAUAUGAAGAAUAUCGGGGACAACAUUUCAUCCAACAAUUUAGAGACGGAACCUUUUCUUGCAUUGGGAUGGACAGGCUUUGGUGACUCUCCUCCCACCACGCAUUUCACCGCUGCCCAAACCCUAUUUGACGAUACAAUAUACCCCGACAGCCCCUUGAUAACCCAUGACGACACCAAAGGGCACGACUGUUCGCGAGAGGCCUAUGAUCUCCUCGGCAACCUGUCCUUUCUAAGCCUCCACAAAGCCUAUUCCGCAACCACCACCACAACACCAUCUCCCAACGGGUUUGUAAGCCGCGUCCCCCUAGACUUCAUCCUGCACAUCAACCGCGAAGCGAGCGAGCGGCUCAACCGACUGCUGAACUGCUCUUGUGCCAGCCACCCCCACCUCUCCUUCCUCCACGCCUCCAUCAUAUCCCGGAUCCUGCUGUGGUACUCGCGCGAGGCCGGCUGCGCCCAGCUCUCAGCAGCGUGGAGCCCCGCGUCGGACACGGCACUGCGUCCCGGCGUCGUGUCACCGCCCCCCAGCUCGAUCUUCAGGCCGCUGUGCGGCUCGCCGUCGUCGCGGCUGAGCGUGGCCACCAGCGCCAGCAGCUCGAGCAUGCCGCCGGGCACGCGCGCCACCACGCCCGACCUCGCGCCGACGCAGAUGACCAUGGGCUGCUUCAGCAUCGACGACCAGCGCGUGCAGACGGCGCUGCGGAUUCAGCUGCUCCUGGGCGAGAUGAAGCGCAUUGGCUCGCUGAUCGACACCUUCAACGCGCACAGCUCCGCCGGGGGCCUCGACGAAUCUACGUCCGGGAACAUGGAUACCUUGUACAAGAGCCUGGGCUCCUGGUUGGGCGGCGAGCACUCGAGCAUUGUCGCGAUGAUGCGGUCCAGCGUCCUGUACGCGCCGGCAUCAAAAACUCUGGAGGCGUUUGCUGGAGCCGGCGCCAAUAUACUCACACUGUGUCUUAGUGAUGACUGGAAGCGGCAGAUGUGCGUUGUGAGGCUCAUUUCAUGUACUGGCAUGUUCCUUGGUGCCGGGCGCAUGGAGUGGAAUUCUUUCUCUCAGCUCGUGGUCCCCUUGAAGCAGUGGCUCGUAACCGAGACAAUCAGAAUGAUGUCGACAUGA